AUGGCUGGGUUCAUCUAUACUGGUGCCGAUGAUACCGUUCGGUGUGAAAAAUGUCAAUUAGAAGUAUCUGGAUGGACUCAAGAUAUGGUACCAAAGGUUGUGCAUGCUGAACGUAAUCCUAAUUGUCCAUUUCUUUGUUCUGCACUAGUAAACCCUUGCAUGGAGUCAAAUGAUCAAGAAAAUCCUACAAAACGUCAAAAAAAAGAAUCAAAUUCAGAUCAAUAUAAAUAUAAUUGUAAAUUGUGGGAAGUAAAUAAACUCAAGCGAAUACGACGCCGAACAUUUUCUCAUUGGUCUCAUCAAAUAAAGCCAUCUGUUGAACAAAUGAUCGAUGCUGGGUUUUUUUCAUGCAAUGUUGGUGAUCGUGUUAUUUGUUUAUAUUGCAAUUUGAUUUGUCAACAGUGGAAAGCAGAUAUCGAUGAUCCAUCUGAAGUUCAUAAAACUCUUUCACCUAAGUGUCCAUAUGUUUUAUCAAUAUUAAUACAACCGGAACGAUCUUCUCCUGUGGUAGUAAAUGAAAUAUCAACAAAUAAUCGAAAUAAUCAAAUCUUUGGUUCAACUAAUGCUGCACAACUUCAAUUUGAUCAAAUUGUUAAUACAACGCCAUGUAAUCCUGCAUACAGUGAAAUUACAAAACGUCUACAAUCAUUUACAACAUGGUCUCAUAAAUCCUCACCAUCAGUAGAUGAACUAGUUCGAGCUGGCUUUUUUUAUACCGGAGCUGAAAAUAUUGUAGCAUGUUUCUAUUGUAAUGGUUCAUUACAGAAUUGGAAUGCCAAUGAUAAUCCAUUAAUUGAACACGUUCGAUGGUUUCCUUAUUGUGGCUAUGCAAAACAAGUGUGUGGCGAUGAACUUUAUCGAAAAAUUCAAGAAGCCAAACGAGUUCUGCAAGAGCGUAAUAGGACUAAUCGACCAAACGAGACAAGAGAAAAUGGUAAUCUAUUAGUUUCAAAUCAAUUACAAGUAACUGAUUCUAAUAUCUUAUCACGUUUUGUUGCUGCUCGACUUGAUUUAUCAAGUUCGCAAAAUUUACUUGAUCAAAACUUUAAGUUAUCAGUUAUAAAACGAUGUUGGGAAGAUCAAUUACAAUUAAAAAAAGACGAUUUUUGCACCGACGCUGAUCUAUUAAUAGCUUGUACUAUUCUACAAAAGCAAAUCGAUCAUAUCCAAGGCAAUAAAGAAAAUAUUAUUAUUCCUAGUAUUCAGAUGAGUUUAAUUCAUGAGAGAAAACAAUCUGGUUUAUCAUCUUUAUCAACACACUCAAACAAUAACAAUGUAGGAUUAUCACAAAAUCAAUUAGUUCCUGAGACAUCUCAAAUCGAAUUGACAACAACAACAACAAACAAAGAAAAUUCAGCAGUGUCAGAAACAAGUUCUACUAAAAUUUCAUCAAUAGUUAAUCCUUGUAUUAUUUGUCAUCAAGACGAGAAACAACUCGCCUGUAUCCCAUGUGGUCAUUUAACGACAUGCGUCUCCUGUAGUCGUACACUUCGAACAUGUCCAGCAUGUCGAAGACAAAUCGAAGCAUUCGUUCGUGUUUACAUUUAA